AUGCAUAGAUGUUGCACAUCAUCACAAGCUCGAAGAUCUUAUCGAAGAAUAAAUGGACUGGAACUACCUCUCAAUUAUCAGCAAGUGAUCGGAUGGAUCGUUUUUAUUGCAACUGGAUUGGUCAAUUUUUUUGUUCUUGUACAAAUCCAAUUUGAUGAAUUGAAAAUAACAUCGUUAAUAGUGUAUGUAUUUUUAUACGUCUCUCACAUUGUAGCUCAUAUCACAGCCUCGUAUAUUGACCCGAGUGAGGAUGAAUUACGGAAGCUCCCAAUCAACAACGUUCCAGAAUUCGACCGGGGUCUCCACACCCAUGUCAUAGAAAAUGGUCGAUGUCAUCUGUGCAACAUAUACACCAGCAGCAAAAACACCAAGCACUGCAGCCUUUGCAAUAAAUGCAUUGAUCACUUCGACCAUCAUUGUAAGUGGUUGAACAACUGCAUUGGCCAGAGAAACUACACGUCUUUCGUCGCGAGUGUAACCACUGCCCUUCUGAUUUCUGUUCUGACGUCAUCUUUGUGUAUUACUGAUAUUGUAAUGUUUUUUGUAUAUCCUCAAAAAUUAAGUAAUUUUGCACAAAAUUUUAUAAAAUGCCCAUCAAUGUCAAUAACAUCUACAGAAUUUUGUAAGAAUUCCGUAAUAUUUUUAGGGUUUUUGAUAUUUUUUUGCGUAAGUGCUUUUGCAAUUGCAUGUGCCUUAUUACAUUUAUGUUGUUUUCACAUUUACAUUUCAAUUUUGGGGGUUUCGACAUAUGAAUACAUCAUGAAAAGUGGUACUCCAGAAGCUAGUUCUAUAUUUUCAAAUAACUGUCGCAUCUUAAAAAUUCCCGGGAAAAUGUACGUAAGUAAAUCUACAGAGAGAAAUAAAGUUGAAAUGGGUACUUCUGAAUGUGCAACUACUUCGAAUGGAGUUGGAAAGCUGAACAGUUCUCCUGCAAGCAGCAAUACAAAUGUAGCCAAUUUGAUUGGCAUUCUCAUCAAUAAUGAGCUAGACAGGGCGAAGCGAAUUUUUAUCUACGACAAGAACAAGAUACAUCCUCAAAAAGAGCAAAGUGGAGAUAUUGAAAGCUAACUUGUAUAAUUAUAGGUAUUUAACAAUAAUAAAAGUGCCUUGUAACAUUUCAACGUAGUGUUAAAAUUUAUAUUCUAUUUAGAUUUAAGUAAAAUUUAAUAGUAAAUAUAUUUAAAUGUCAA